GCGCGGAGGCCCGUGUUUGACGACAAGGAGGACGUGAACUUCGACCACUUCCAGAUUCUGCGAGCCAUCGGGAAAGGCAGCUUUGGCAAGGUGUGCAUCGUGCAGAAGCGGGACACAGAGAAGAUGUACGCCAUGAAAUACAUGAACAAGCAGCAGUGCAUCGAGCGUGACGAGGUCCGCAAUGUCUUCCGAGAGCUGGAGAUCCUACAGGAGAUCGAGCAUGUCUUCCUGGUGAACCUCUGGUACUCUUUCCAGGAUGAGGAGGACAUGUUCAUGGUGGUGGACCUGCUGCUGGGCGGGGACCUGCGCUACCACCUGCAGCAGAACGUCCAGUUCUCCGAGGACACGGUGAGGCUGUACAUCUGUGAGAUGGCGCUGGCCCUCGACUACCUGCGUAGUCAGCACAUCAUCCACAGAGACGUCAAGCCUGACAACAUUCUCCUGGACGAGCAAGGACAUGCGCAUUUGACCGACUUCAACAUCGCCACCAUCAUAAAGGAUGGGGAGAGGGCGACAGCACUAGCUGGCACCAAGCCGUACAUGGGCCCGCAGGUCAGGGCCCAGUUCCUCAAUGGUGGGACCGGCUACUCCUUCGAGGUGGACUGGUGGUCAGUGGGGGUGAUGGCCUACGAGCUGCUGCGAGGAUGGAGGCCCUAUGACAUCCACUCGAACAACGCCGUGGAGUCCCUGGUGCAGCUGUUCAGCACCGUGAGCGUCCAGUACGUCCCCACCUGGUCUAAGGAGAUGGUGGCCUUGCUGCGGAAGCUGCUCACUGUGAACCCCGAGCACCGGUUCUCCAGCCUUCAGGACAUGCAGGCGGCCCCGUCACUGGCCAACGUGCUGUGGGACGAGCUGAGCGAGAAGAAGGUGGAGCCAGGCUUUGUGCCUAAUAAAGGCCGCCUGCACUGCGAUCCCACCUUCGAGCUGGAGGAGAUGAUCCUGGAGUCGAGGCCCCUGCACAAGAAGAAGAAGCGGCUGGCCAAGAACAAGUCCCGGGACAACAGCAGGGACAGCUCCCAGUCCGAGAACGACUAUCUUCAGGACUGCCUUGAUGCAAUCCAGCAAGACUUUGUGAUUUUUAACAGAGAAAAGCUGAAGAGGAGCCAGGACCUCACGAACGAGCCCCUCGCCGCCCCCGAGGUCAAGGACAUGGCAGAGCCCACGGAGGACAGUGAGGAAGAGCGCUCAGCCCUGCCCAUGUGCGGCUCCAUCUGCCCCUCAGCCGGGAGCAGCUAGGCACCCAGGGAGGCGCCGUGGAUGGGGAGCUCUCAGGUUGCUUUGGAGACUCGGAUCUGCUGAAGGGAGGGGCGGGUGGAGGCCCGGCCUCCACCUUCCAACCUGGGCAGCCCACGGUGUCCAGCCACAUUUUAUACCUACAGUCCCACUGCCAAGCCUGCUCCCUCAAAGUGGUGCAGGGCGACGAGGUGUUGGUGCGGCUGAGAGUGGCAGGAGCUAUGUGCCCGUCAAGGGCAGCCGUGUGACAAGGAGGGCUGGGAGCCCUCGGGCCCUUGGUUACUAUAAUGUGGAGGAAGGCAUACAGGCCAUAACCUUGGCCGCUCCUGGGUGGCCCCUCUGACCGCUGGCUGCAGGCCCCGGGAGACCAGGGACUGCUGGGUGGGAAGGAGCCCUCGGCCCUCUGGUCUCUCACAGACUCUAGGCUGUACAUAGCCCUCGUGGCCACGCCCUGCCAUCUGGCUGCCCCAAAGUCUGUGAGCUUGCUACCCAGCGCUGUGGGUGUGGCAGGGUCUCUCUCCAUUCUUGUACAUCAAGGGCAGGGGUGGGGGGAGGGCAGUGGGUGGGAAGAUGAAGAAUGUUUUCUAGAGAUACAAACUGUUCCGGCAAUUUCUGCUGUGUUUCUGUAUAGUUUUCACCUCUGAAAAUUACAAUGUAAGAACUGCUCAGUGCUGAAUGUCGCACAUGUAUUCUGUACCUGCGAAGCAGUCACUCAGUGUCUACCGUUUUUGUUUUGUUGUUUUGCCAUAAGGUGCAUGCGCUCAUCAG